GGCCAAGAAGAUCCGCGAGAAGUUCAACCGCUACCUGGAUGUGGUGAACAGGAACAAGCAGGUGGUGGAGGCGUCCUACACCGCCCACCUCACCUCCCCGCUCACGGCCAUCCAGGACUGCUGCUCCAUACCGCCGUCUAUGAUGGAAUUUGAUGGAAACUUCAAUACCAACGUGUCCAAGACCAUCUGCUGCGACAGGCUUUCCCCCACCGUCAACAGCCGAGCCUUCAACCCCGGACGGGACCUCAAUUCAGUUUUGGCCGACAACCUGAAGUCCAACCCGGGGAUAAAGUGGCAGUACUUCAGCUCCGAGGAGGGCAUCUUCACCGUCUUCCCCGCCCACAAGUUCAACUGCAAAGGAAACUACGAGCACCGCAGCAGGCCCGUGUACGUGGCUGCAGUGCGCCCCCAGUCCAAACACAUCGUGGUGAUGGUCGACCACGGAGCAUCUGUGACCGACACCCAGCUCCAGAUCGCCAGGGACUCCGCGCUGGUCAUCCUCAACGCCGUGGACGAGCACGACAAGAUCUCUAUUCUGUCCGUGGCGGAGACGGUGCGCUCCUGCUCUCUGGACCAGUGCUACAAGAGUCUGCUGUCUCCGGCCACCAGCGAGACCAAGAGGAAGAUGAGCACCUUCAUCUCCAACAUCAAGUCCUCGGACGGAGCUACCCAGCAUGCCGUGGGCUUCCAGAAGGCCUUCCAGCUGCUCCGCAACACCACCGGCCUGAGCAAGCACAGCGCCACCACAGACAUGGUCAUCAUCUACCUGUCGUCUGGCGUCACGUCCCGAGACUCCUCGGAGCAGGAGAAGAGAGCCACGCUGAGCGUGGUCCGGGAGGAGAACCGGCACCUCAACAACUCGGUCAUGAUCCUCACCUACGCCCUCAUGAACGAGGGCGUCACCGGCCUGAAGGAGCUGGCCUUCCUGAGAGACCUGGCCGAGCAGAACUCGGUGAAGUACGGCGUGGACCGGGCCUUCGAGCGGGAGCGCUUCUCGGCGGCGUCGUCGUCGUCCGGGUCGGCGGGGGCCCAGAUGAUGCCGGUGGUGAAGGGCAGCAUGAUGGUGCUGAACCAGCUGAGCAACCUGGAGACCACGGUGGGACGCUUCUACAUCAACCUGCCCAACCGCAUGAUCGACCUGGCCCGCUUCAGCCUGCCCUACACCGACCCCAUGGGAGACGGGUUCAUCAUGACCGUGAGCCGCCCGUGCUACUUCGGGAACCUUCUCCUGGGCGUGGUCGGGGUGGACGUGAACCUGGCGUACAUCCUGGAGGACGUCACCUACUACCAGGACUCGCUGGCCUCGUACACCUUCCUCAUUGACAACAAAGGUUACACCCUGAUGCAUCCGUCGCUGACGCGGCCGUACUUGAUGACGGAGCCUCCCCUGCACACCGAUGUCAUCCACUAUGAGAACAUCCCAGGAUUCCCCGCCGUUCGGCAGAACAUCCUCAGCCUCCCUUUGGGCAGCCAGAUCAUCUCUGUGCCCGUCAACUCCUCCCUGUCCUGGCACACCAACCGACUCCGGGACAACAGGAGAGACGCUUACAACGUCAGCUACGCCUGGAAGCUGGUCCAGGACACGUCGUUCAUCCUGUGCAUCGUGUACGUGCAGCCGGAGAUCCCCGUGAAGCAGCUGAAGAACCUGAACACGGCUCCCAGCUCCAAGCUCCUGUACCACCGCCUGGACCUGCUGGGCCAGCCCAGCUCCUGCCUGCACUUCAAGCAGCUCGCCACCGUCGAAUCCCCCACGGUGAUGCUGGCAGCCGGCAGCUUCUCCUCUCCCUACGAGCACCUCAGCCAGCCGGAGACCAAGCGCAUGGUGGAGCACUACACCGCCUACCUGAGCGACAACACCAGGCUCAUCGCCAACCCGGGCCUCAAGUCCUCUGUCAGGAACGAGGUUAUGGCGACCAGUCACGUCACGGAUGAGUGGGUGCGACUAAUGGACAUGAGUAACCUCAACUGCUACAUUGUGCGGCGUUACAUAGCAACGCCCAGCGGGGUGCUCCGGAUUUACCCAGGAUCCCUGAUGGACAAAGCAUUCGACCCGACCCGCAGACAAUGGUACCAGCACGCCGUGGCCAACCCCGGGCUCAUCACCUUCACGGGGCCGUACCUGGACGUUGGCGGGGCGGGAUACGUCGUCACCAUCAGUCACACUAUUCACGCCUCCAGCGCUCAGAUGGCCCCCGGGUACGCCGUGGCCGUGAUGGGCAUCGACUUCACCCUCCGCUACUUCUACAAGGUCCUGCUGGACCUGCUGCCCAUCUGCAACCAGGACAAAGGCAACAAAAUCAGGUGCUUCAUCAUGGAGGACAGAGGGUACCUGGUCGCUCACCCCACCCUCAUCGACCCCAAAGGUCACGCCCCUGCAGAGCAGCAGCACAUCACGCACAAGGAACCGCUGGUAGCCAACGACAUCCUGAACCACCCCAACUUUGUCAAGAAAAACCUGUGUAACAGCUUCAGCGACCGGACGGUGCAGCGCUUCUACAAGUUCAACACCAGCAUAGUGGGCGACCUCACUAAUCUGGUCCACGGCAGCCACUGUUCCAAAUACCGUCUGACCAGAAUCCCAGGCACCAACGCCUUCGCCGGUAUCGUCAACGAGACCUGCGACUCGCUGGCCUUCUGCGCCUGCAGCACGGUGGACCGGCUCUGUCUCAACUGCCACAGAAUGGAGCAAAAUGAGUGCGAGUGUCCGUGCGAGUGUCCUCUGGAGGUGGACGAGUGUACGGGAAACCUCACCAACGCCGAGAACAGGAACCCGAGCUGCGAGGUGCACCAGGAGCCGGUGAGCGUGAAUGUGAUUGAUCCCAGUCUGCAUGACACCCUGCCCCAGUGCAUCAACACCGGCUGCAGCAAGAGAUACACCAGCAGUGACUGUUUUGGCGUGUUGGACUGCGAGUGGUGCAUGGUGGACAGCGAUGGGAAAACCCACCUGGACAAGCCGUACUGCGCCCUGCAGAAGGAGUGUUUUGGGGGCAUCGUCGGGGCCAAGAGUCCCUACGCGGACGGCCUGGGAGUUCUCGAUGAGGAGGUGACAACUCUGACGAUGAUCAAGAGUGCCCCGGUGGGCCCGGUCGCCGGGGGCAUCAUGGGCUGCAUCAUGGUGCUGGUGCUGGCGGUGUACGCGUACAGGCACCAGAUCCACAGACGCUCGCACCAGCACAUGUCCCCCCUGGCUGCGCAGGAAAUGUCGGUGAGGAUGUCCAACCUAGACAAUGAAAGGGAUGAGAGGGAUGAAGACAGUCACGAGGACAGAGGAAUCAUCAGCAAUACCAGGUUCAUAGCUGCGGUAAUCGAGAGACACACCCACACCCCCGAACGGAGGCGGAGGUACUGGGGCCGGUCUGGGACGGAGAGCGAUCACGGCUACAGCACCAUGAGUCCGCAGGAGGACAGCGAGAAUCCGCCUGGAAACAACGACCCGCUCUCGGCCGGCGUCGACGUCAGCAACCACGACGACGACCUGGACCUGGACACGCCGCCGCAGACGGCCGCCCUGCUCAGCCACAAGUUCCACCCGUACCGGCACACGCACACGCACCACCACCCGCUGCACACGCACCACCUGCAGGCGGCCGUGACGGUGCACAGCGUGGACGCCGAGUGCUGAUCCUCGGCCCCGCCGGCCGCUGCCCUCACGGGGAGGGAACUCCUUUAUUAAAACCUUUUUAUUUGUUAUUUCUUUUUUAAAACUGUGCUCUAUUAGACUGCACGCGCUGUGGGACGUCAGGGUGGAUGGGGAUUGCCACACGGUGACUUUAACCCCCACCUAACAUCCGGCCUGUAAGCCCACAGAACACGAGCAGACCCAGGCCAGUACGUGGAAGAAACUGGGAUCUUCAGUUUUUCUUCUGAAGGACUUCCGACUCACAAGUCGGAACCACGGCAUUCACUCACAACUGAGGACGAGCCACCAGUGGACGUUAGGAGCUUUGAGCGGGAACAAAAGUCUUUAAUUUCAUCGUCCUGCAGGACGACGGAUCACCUAAAGCUGGCUUUGACUCGGCCUCCUGCUCAAAGCGAGCGGGCGGCAGGAAGGGAACAGAGCACUCCUUAUUUCGGGGAAAACUGUGGAGCAUCUCUAUGGAAGAGUAGAAAAACUUUAUUUUAAGACAAUGAACUGGAUUUAUUGGGAAUUCAACAUAUCUUGUAUUUCACCUGGACUUUCCUUGGUGCCAAUAAGCUCACCAGACCUGGUUUCCUCGGAGACGUCGGCGCCCGUUAACCCAGAGGAGAGGCUGCCGGGCUCACGCAGGCCUUCGGGAAGAUGUCUGGACGUUUUCAUGAAUGUCUGUAAACUUUAAUGUCAGAAAAAAUGGCGUCAAUGCUUCUCCGAACACGGGAGAAACCCCUUUUAAAGAGGAAAAUAUUAUUUUUUCUACUAUUUAUUAAAGCGGUAGAUCUUCGGGACGGAUGAGGAAGCGACCGGCGGCGCGUCGCUACUCGGGCUCAUUAUUUUCAUCAGUUUUUAAUUUUCCUAGAAAGGUGGUUGCUCUUUUUAGUUUUCAUUUUGAGAACACGUGCACGCAGAGACAAGGUCAUAAUCAGGAGCUCAUUCACGGUCUCUUUUUAAAAUUAAUUUUCAGUUCAUGUAACCAGAACCAGCCUCCCUCCUUUCCUCUAGAGGACUCCACUUCUUCUUAUCUAACACUCAGAUAGUUACUUACUAGGCACAUCUGCACAGUAAAUGAGAUCCAAAGCUGCCCCCCCCCCCCCCCC